CGGGAAUGAAUCCGAACACAUCUUGUAAACAAUCCAUGAAGAAGAAGGAAAGGAGGCGGAAGUGCAGUCGCGUAGAGGAAGAGAUAAUGGCAUUUAUUAAGUUAUAGUGUGCUUAAUAUUUGACAAUGAUGGAAACACAAGGAAGAACCAUACUGGUUCCUGCUGGAGUGGCAGAGUCAACCAGGAACUCUAUUUCCAACAAUCCUGAAGAAGAGAAGGAAGUAGUGUUCAAUGCCUCAAGUAUCCUGAGCAGUCUCCUCACCAAAGAUCGAGAUACAGGGACCAGCGAAUCGAGAACCUAUGGAGCUGCAGAUCAAGACUUGCAGGACCAGGAUGAUGAGCUCAGAGCCUUGGGCAUCUCUGUGGUUGACCAGCUCUCACUUGAAAGGGAUGUAGAGGCAGCGGUGGACCAAGCUGUGGCUAAGCAUUCUCGGAAGCAGCGUUUCCAGAUCCUCAAGAAGGAAAUAAAAGAUGUCAAGACAGACAUAAAGCAGGCAGAGAACAAGCUUCUCAGCUUAAGAGAGAGGCUGGCAGGAAUGCGUCAGAGGGUUGUUGAUCCCAGGCAGGUCAUAAGUGUGGAAAAGGAGAUAUCAAAUAAGUCCAACCAACUAAAGACCUUGAGAGCUAGAGAGAAGUCACUGCAGCAGAAGCUCAUAUCUGCUGAGGCUAAUGAGGAAGAGCUUGAUGACCUGGACCUCGAAGAUGGCGAAAUUCCUGAGGAUGAAGACGAUGAAAAUGAUGGUAGCAGGAAGGAGCCAAAAAUGUCAGAACUAGAGAGAGAGAAGCUUAUUCGAGAGGGCAAGAUGACUCCCUUUGGCACAGUUAUGUCCCAGAACUCUUCGAAAACGGUUUCAGUGCUUCGCCCAGCUCAUACUCCUAUGGAAAAGAGAAUGGCUGCAGAGGCCCUUAAGAGGAAGGGGGCAAGUGGAGGGCCAUCAAAGGCAGAUAUGAUCAAGUCUGGGGAAAUGACACCUUUUGGAACAGUUGUAAAGUCCAAGCCAAAAGAUGCAGGACCUUCAAAAAUAUCUUCAAACAAGCCCAGUGGUGGCAUGAGUGACUUUGAAAAAUACUUGAAAGACCAGAUUGACCGACAGAAACAGCACAGUGAAACAAGCAAAGGCACAAAACGGAAGAAAAACAAAGGGGACCCAAACUAUGGCUUUGCAAAGAAGAGGAAGAAAAAGCCCAAGGAAUUUAUAGGCGAAUACUACAGAGAUGAUGAAGAGGAAAGUGAUGAAAAUGACAGCACAUCACUAUCAGCAAUUAAGAAGCAAGCCCAAGAAAAGUUUGAAACAGGCAUAAAAAAGAAAGAGAAAUCAUCUAAAAAGGACCCACUCAAGAUGAAGGUCCUGCACCCUAAGAAGAAAAGAAAUGAGAAGAACCUGGGAAGUGUGACCAGUGAGAGGGAGGCUGACUUGCUCAAAGAGACGCCACAAAGGAUAUUAUCAGAAAAAAUAGAAUUCAAAGGAGGUGAGUCAGAUGACCCAUAUCAUGGGGAUGGCAGUGGGAGUGAAUACCGGCCAUCUGAUUCUGAUGGGGAAGUAUAUAGUGAUGAAUACGUUGAUUCCUGUGGUGAUGAUGAGAUACCUGAGUCCAGCAAGAGAAAAAGCAUUCGCAUUGACAAGAAGGAGAAGAAACAAAGAAAGAGAAAGGAUGAUGAGUGGUCUGAUGACAAUGAAUUUGACGAUGCCCCAAGGCGACAGGGAAGAAAGACAGCCAAGGAGAGAGAUGAUGGGAAUAUUGAAGAUUACAUCCAGAGGAUAGAGGCCUGGAAAGAAGAGAGGCUUAGGAAGAAGCAAGCCAAAAUCCUGCAAGGGGGAGACCUGGACUCAGAGGAGGAGGAAGAGGAGGGCUAUGAAGAGUUUGAUGGAGGCUACAGGAUUCCCCUAGGGGUGUGGAACAAGCUCUUCAAGUACCAACGUACAUGUGUUAAGUGGCUUUGGGAGCUCCACAACCAAGGGUGCGGGGGAAUAUUGGGUGAUGAGAUGGGCCUCGGGAAGACCAUCCAGAUCAUAUCCUUCCUGAUAGGACUUUCAUACUCUCGCCUUUCUUGCCGUCGCCAAUCAUGGAAGGGUCUUGGUCCUGUCCUUAUUGUGUGCCCAGCGACUGUGCUUCAUCAGUGGGUAAAAGAAUUUCACAAGUGGUGGCCACCUUUCAGAGUGGCUGUGCUGCAUGAGUCUGGUUGCUUUGCAGGCAAGCGAGGAGCACUCAUACACAACAUUAAUCAGCACGAUGGCAUUCUGGUGACCUCUUACACAGGUGUUUUGGCUCAGUUGGAAAUAUUAUUACAAUAUAAUUGGCAUUAUAUCAUCCUGGAUGAGGGACACAAAAUUCGUAACCCAGAAGCCCAGAUCACAGUGGCCAUGAAGCGUUUUUCCACCCCCCACAGGCUGAUUCUCUCAGGUUCCCCCAUUCAAAAUAGCCUAAAGGAACUUUGGUCACUGUUUGACUUCAUAUUUCCGGGAAAGCUUGGAACAUUACCAGUCUUUCUGCAGCAGUUUGCUGUUCCUAUAACACAAGGAGGAUAUGCAAAUGCAUCAAAACUAGAGGUUCAGACAGCCUUCAAGUGUGCCUCUAUGUUGCGAGACACCAUUAAUCCAUACCUACUUCGUCGUAUGAAGUGUGAUGUGAGGAACCACUUAAAGUUACCGGACAAAAAUGAGCAGGUGCUCUUCUGUGAUCUAACUGAGGCCCAAAGGCAAGUCUAUCGAUCGUACAUUGAUGGGGACCAAGUAAAGUGCAUCUUAGGAGGAAGAAUGAAGGUAUUUGUUGGUUUGAUAGCUCUACGAAAGAUAUGCAACCACCCAGAUCUGCAAACAGGAGGACCUCGUAAUUAUGAUGAUCAGUUUGUGUCUGGGCUUCAGCCUGAGCUCCAGUAUGGCUGGUGGGGUCGUUCUGGAAAAAUGCAUGUCUUGCAAUCCAUUCUGAAGCUGUGGGCCAAACAAGGUCACCGCGUCCUCCUCUUCACUCAGUCGAGGCAGAUGAUGUGCAUCUUGGAGAAGUUUCUGAUGGAUGAACAUCACUCGUAUCUCAAGAUGGAUGGGACAACAGCAGUGGCAUCACGUCAGGUAAUGAUUGACAAAUAUAACAACGAUCCUUCAUAUUUUGUGUUCCUGCUCACAACAAGGGUUGGUGGCCUUGGGGUCAACUUGACAGGAGCUGACAGGGUCAUCAUUUUUGACCCUGAUUGGAACCCUUCAACGGAUUCCCAGGCACGAGAACGAUCUUGGAGAAUAGGGCAAACUCGACAUGUUACUAUUUAUAGGCUUUUAACAGCUGGCACCAUUGAGGAGAAGAUUUACCACCGUCAGAUUUUCAAGCAGUUCCUGACCAAUCGUGUGCUGAAGGACCCUAAGCAACAGCGCUUCUUCAAAACCAAUGACCUCUAUGAGCUCUUCUCACUGAAUGAAGGCAUCAAGGAGAAGACUGAGUCAUCAGCUAUAUUUGCUGGCACAGGGUCAGAAAUUAAGGUAAAUACGCAAGACAAAAAUGAUGAGGGUAAAUCAGAUGAUGACAAUGAAGAAACUAGCAAAAAAGGGGAAAGGCGCACAAACAAGUUGCCUCCUCCUCAUCUUCCCCAAACUCCAUCAAAAAGAGAGAGCAAAGCAUCACACACCAGUAAGAACAUUCAGAAGAAGGAGCCAAAGGACCAGAAAAAAGUAGAGGAUAACAGUAAGAGUAAUCACAAAACGCCCUCAAAGGAGAAGGUUGAACCAGUGGAUAAUAAGGUAGAAAGGAUGAGAGAAUUAGCAAAGCUUUUAAGCAAGAAGAUUGGACAGAAAACUAGCAUAAAAGAGGAAAAGAAAGAUGUAAUCAAAAGUCUAGAAAAUAACCAAGGAAUUAUUACUGGUUCAGAGAGUGGAAGCGAAAGUCAAAAUUGCUCUAAAAUGGAGCCCGAAACAGAGUCUCAAGUAAUAACUACAGAAGUAACAACAAUAAAACAAGAACCAGACGACCUCAGUGAAAUAGGAACAAAAGAGGAAGUUGAAAGUGUAACUAGAGAAAAGGAAGACAGCAACAUAAAGAUAGAAGAUCUUUAUAGUGACAAUAUUAAAAAGGAAUCUGAUGAUGGUAUCACUUCAGAAAGCAGAGAAGGGUCAUUAGAAAGCUCAUGUAAUAGCGAGUAUUUUGCCAAAAAGAGGAAGGAUCGCAAGCGAGAGAGCCAUUCAGAUUCAACAGAUGCAGACAGAAAACAUGAUUCUAAGGAUCAUGAAAGACACAGGAAAAAACAUAAGAAGGAAAAGAAGAAGGACAAGCACAAGAGCAGAGACAAAUCAAAGAAAAAGGGAAAGAAGUUUGAAGGGGAGAGAAUUGACUUUUUGGUGAAGAAGAGGGUUUAUCAGAAAACAGAGGAGGAAGAGCAGGCAGAAAGGGAAAGUGCCAAGUCACAGGACCAGUAUGUACUAGAGAAGCUGUUCAAGAAGUCAGGUGUACACACAGCUCUCAGCCAUGAUGCCAUCAUGAGCAAUGGCGACCCUGACUACCUCCUUGUUGAGAGUGAGGCUGAGCGUGUGGCCAAGGAAGCACUCAAGGCUGUAAGGGCAUCUCGUGCUAGGUGCUUCAGACCACAGCUGCCAGCAGGGCCUUCUGAACAGCAGUCGAAGAGCAAGCCAAGAUUUGGCACUAAGAAGAGCAGCAUCUUCUCCUCUUCAACUGAUAGUGAGGCAAAGCCACCUAAAGAGGAAAAGAAGAAGAAGGAGAAGAAACCACAUGUUUUUGAUGGUGGUAUGGAUGAAGAGGAUGAAGAAGAUGAAGCAGAUGCAAAGACUGGGACUACUGGCUUGCCCACUUCCAUCUCACCCUCCAAGAAAGGCAAGGGCUUUGGCCAAGGGAAGAGCAGCACGCUCUCGUCAUCACAGCUGCUCCAAAGGAUGCGUCAGAGGAACAGGGGCAUGGCUAUGGAAUCAGAAGGGGAAGACAGUGAUGGCUAUGACCCAGAUUACCCCUCUACUGCACCCAUGGAAGAAGAGGUCACUGACCCAGAGGUCAAAGAAAACAUUGACCUGCUUGCUGACAUUCGCAAUUUUGUUGCAUUCCAAGCUAGAGUUGAUGGAAAAGCCUCUACGCAGGAGAUCCUAGAUAGAUUCAAAGAGAGGUUGCCGGCAGAACAGACUCCAUUUUUCAAGGCUCUAUUGACAGAGAUUUGUGAUUUCCAGAGAGAGGCAGGUGGCGAAGGGUUGUGGAUACUGAAGGGAGAGUUCAGAUAAUUCAUAAGUGCCCACCACUAAGUUUGUUAUUGUGGCAGCUAUUUUUUUUCUCUAGAGAGCCUUAAAAUGUGGAUGUGUAUGUAAUGUUUGCCUUUGUUUUGUAUUUGUUUGUCAUAUUAAAGCUCUGGAUUAUUUU